GAGGCCACCAGUUGCGGACUGGAAAAGAGAGAAAAAGGAAGUUAGCUGCCCCGCUUCGUACACGACGGGAGGGUGUCGCUGGAGUAACUUGCGCGCGCUGCUGCGCUACCACUUCGAUCCAGCAUCGUUCGGAUUGGAUCAUUCGCCGCAGCCGUGCACCAACUUGACCACAACCACCCCCGUUGGAUUGUUACGACCUCGGUUCCGACGAGCCCAUUGCCAUCGGUAGCGUUCCUUCGAUCGGCACCACACCUGUCCCCGAGACCCAAGCGACAGAGACGCUCCUUUCAUCAGCGUCACCAACGGUGAACAAGAUGAGUGGCAAGACUGUGUUUGUGACGGGUGCGGCUGGCUUCAUCGGCAGUCACACGGUCAUCGAGCUACUGCGAGCAGGCUACAGGGUCAUUGGAAUCGACAACUUCGCAAAUGCUGUCCCAGGUGAGAAUGGACAAGCGGCCAGUCUGGAGCGGGCGCAAGAGCUGACGGGAAGGACUAUGACGUUUUACCAGUGUGACCUCCUCGAGAAAGCGUCCUUGGCAAAGAUAUUUGACAAGCACAAGAUCGACUUCGUCAUCCAUUUCGCCGCUAUGAAAGCUGUGGGCGAGUCCAUGCAGAAGCCGCUCUUCUACUACAAGAACAACAUUGUCAGCACCAUCAACCUGCUCGAGGUCAUGAAGGAGCAUGGAGUCUACAGCAUGGUGUUCAGCAGUUCUUGUGUGGUCUAUGGCAACCCACAGUACCUGCCUAUCGAUGAGGCACACCCAAUUGGCAAUGUUACAAAUGUGUAUGGAAGAACGAAGUAUGCCAUUGAGCAAAUGCUCGAAGACAUCUGCAAAGCUGAGAAGCAAUGGAACAUUAUAGCACUGCGCUACUUCAACCCUCUUGGUGCUCACCCCUCGGGAAAGAUUGGCGAGGAUCCCAUCAGAGCUUUCACCAACUUGAUGCCAGUCAUUGGAGAAGUUGCGCUUGGAAAGAGAACGGAACUGGCUGUUCUGGGCGGCGACUACGAUACCGAAGAUGGAACAAGUGUACGAGAUUUCAUACAUGUCAUGGAUCUUGCUACCGGGCAUGUAGCUGCCUUGGAGAGGUUGGAGCAGAAUCCCAGAUACAAGGUAUACAACCUAGGAACUGGCAAAGGGUACACUGUGCUACAGCUGAUUGAUGCCUUUGAGAAGGUCACGGGAAAGAAGAUUCCCUACAAGAUCCACGACCGUCGCCUGGGUGACAUACCAGCCAUUUGGGGCGACUGCAGCCUGGCAGAAAAGGAACUACAUUGGAAAGCACAGCAUGGCAUUGAGCGCAUGUGUGAGGACUUCUGGAGGUGGCUGACAAGCAAUCCUGCUGGGUAUCGUACAGACAACCCACACACAAACCUAAAAAUUAACACCACUGAUAUUGGGUGCGGAGACUCUGCACUGGCACCAGAGCUUGACUGUGACAAGUAGCAGCAAAGGAGCUCUAAGCCAGGAAGGGAGGCUUUCAGUAUUUAUACUAUCGCUGUGCAUUAUUUCAAUAGGUCUCAGCACAGUCAACAUCAAAUUUUUUAGACACCCCUAGGAACAGCAAACUUGGUCGUUGGCUGUGGUCACAAAUACAAGCCUGCAGGUCGGGUGGUUUUCAUGUUUGGGUCACAUGUAUUUUUAUUUUUCACUCUUAUUUUGCAAUAAAACUGAAAUUUACA